AUGGAUCCACCUCCAAUAGCAAAACGACUUCUACCAACUGACAGUAAUGGUCUUUCACCAAAGGAAGAUAGCAGUUUACUCUCCAACUUGAGUGACCACAACUCGAAACGGAUCAGACUUACUUUACCUCCUCCUCAACAGUCAACGCCAGCACAACCACCUUCUCAUAAUAAUGUGCCCGCGCAAAAUGGAUUGCUACCUUUUCAAUUACGACAGCCCAUUUUCUCGUCGCAAAAACAACCGCAACAACAAAUUAACGACUCUUUGCCACCUGUGUUACCAACUCCUUUUACACCUCCGCCUCUAUCGAUUCCUCAAGCUGUUCAAGAGCUACCAUCAAUCGAUUCUUUUUCAGUACCAUUACAGCCGAUACUGAUUAAUAACGUAGAAGAUGAUGAUGAUCAAAGACAAUCACGACAAUUAGAAGAAGAGGAUGAGGAUGAUCCGUAUGCUAGUUUGAGACCUAGUUCACACAAUAAUCAUCAUAAUGGUGUUAGCAAUGGCAUUGGUAGUUCUAGCAGUCAUGCAUCUCCAACAAACUCUACGCAACAACUUCAAUUGUCAACGACAACAAUGAUUAAUUUUCACGAAAAUACUGAAGAGAGAAAUGAUCAAGAAUAUGAAGAGAUAAAUGGUAAUAAUGAAGAGGACGGAGAAGAAGAGAUCGAGAGGGAAUAUGAAUGCAAAGUGGAAGUAGAAGUGGAAGAAGAGGAGGAUGGCGAUGAUGAAGAUAAUUUUGGAAUAUAUAGUAAUACAACACCUCGACGUCCACAAUUGAUUGUACAGAAUGAUGAUUCGCUAAAUAUGCAAGGGAUUGAAGAACGGCGUCUUGGUUAUGUGGUGUAUAAUCCUAAAGAAAUACUUCCACCACUUGAAUUUAUGGAAAAUGGAUUAUUAGAAGUUUGGAUUCCUUCACAGCAUUUGAUAUGGGAUAAUACAAAGGUUAGAAAACGCUGGCUAUGGGGUACCGAUGUUUACACUGACGAUUCAGAUACAGUAGCAGUAUUAAUACAUACCGGAUAUUUUACACCGAAACCUCCAAAAUCACAAUGGCCGCCAAAUUUCCCUGAUUAUGACUUAUGCGUAACUAUUCGCGUUCUUCCGAAAUUAGUUCAGUAUACAUCUUGUUCUCGUAACCGAAUAAAGAGUAGAUCAUGGGGAAAUCAUCAUGGCGUCAGCUUUAAAAUUGAAAGUGUACGAAAAAUGAAGGAAGGCGAAGCUUUAGGCAGAGCACGUGGUGGAGGGCGAAAACAACGAUUGCAAAGAUUCCAUCGUUUAAAAAGAUUGGCCUUCGGAGAUUCAGAUCGAGAUAAUAGUCAGCUAUUUGAACAGAGUGCAGUUCUAAAGUUUAAUAUCGAUGAACAGAGCGCAGUUCUAAAGUUUAAUAUCGACGGAGAUCCCUGUUUCAAGUACAGCCCACACUUAAUGGCAAAUCAAGAGAAUCUAGCAAAGCAAUUCAGAAAAGAAGUCAUGUUCUUAGAGAAUGACGAAGAACGUUAUGAGAUAUCCUAUGAUCCAAGAUACGAUAGAUAUCGAGUCGCAGUUGUAUUACCCUCAAUACAAUUAAAUGAAGCACAAUUAACAACGACAUCAACAACAAGAUACAGUGAAACUAAUUCACCUUUCUUGCCAUUAGAAAAAUCAAAUCUUGAAGAAAUACUUCGUGAUGAUCUGAUUCUUCAAGACAUAGAAUGGGUAAAUGUGGGUGUAAUUGUAAAAGAUAGGGUGAAUACGCCACAAAGUUUGUUAAUUGUACUUAGACGUGUAUUCUGGCGGAAACGAACACAUGAAGUUGUUUCUCCAAGAUAA